CGUACCAUUACAUGUGAGCGAUCCUUUGGCGUCACGUUUUCGCUAACAACGACAAGUAGUGAACACGCGACGUCAUUUGCCAUAUACUGUUUUCUGACUGUUCGUUAUGCCACGCGACAGCCGCCAGCAGACCAGUCGAGCACCUUGUUCGUCUCCUUUCACUGUGUUCGAGCCCAUGCGGACAUCGACAGCUUCUCAGACUUUGCGCUUCCGUUAUACUGGUUAAGUCGUUCAGCCCGAAGUGUGGCGCAGGCAGUGUCAAGCUAGCUUGCGCUGCGUGCUCACUGGUGUUCGCAUUCAUUCACCAACAGUGCGUGCUGAACAGUGGUACACUUUGCCGGCACGGCUCGGAACUUCGCGAACAGGAUCCAGUUGUUGCGAGGUGGUCAAUGGUGACGUCAGUGGAAACUUCCACGGUCGCGAAUCGUGCACACGAACACACGUUGAGGACCGAGCCUGUACGUAGUAAGCGUGUACGAAACGGAACAUCGUGAUAAAAAGGGGCGAGAAAUCCGCGCGCUCGAAGGUCGCGCUGCUGCUGAACUGGUCUCUUGCUCACCUCGUCCCCACCGCGAGUUGACGGCCAUUCUGUGGCUGCGUAUAAGAUCAAGGGCCCGCGGGGGGUCCACGAGCAUUUCUGCACGGGAAAUUUCAGCCACCUUGCCCCGCACCGCAGCUUGCUCGGCAGUGCGAACGAUUAUCGCUAGCGCACUGCAACACACCCGCUGCCCGCGCAACCCAGUCUUGUUUGCCAUGGCGAAAGUGACUCUAGCGUGCGUGCUGUCUUUGCUCCUCCUCGUGACCGCCGUGUUUGCCGAUGAUUUCCUUUGCGGCUUAAGCGAAGAGGAACUGGGAAAGGUGCUCGACUGCGUCCAGAAGAACGUCAAGCCAGAGGUUGCUGACUUUAUGGCCAGGCUGCCGUCCAAAGGAGGAGCUUUCAUCCGCAAAGUGUGCCAGAACGGCGGAAAUCUUAAGGAACUUCUACCGUUUCUGCACACGCCCGACUACCUGGAGGAAUGGAAAAAGGCCAGCGGAACCUGUGGUGUUAAGACGUCUUAGGGAUGCGACUUCAUUCAACGGCAGCCAACCGGGACGUGUUCUCGAGCCUAGCCGUUUCGGGAAACCGCUCUCUUGAGCACGUAUAGCUUGUAGCGCGCGGCAUUUCAGUUCCCGCGCGCCGGCUACGGAGAACUGCCCCAGCGAGCGAUUGUCUGCACCCUAGGAGCGUGGUUUCCCGCAAGGACGGCCCAGACACCAACCCCGGAAUGCGGCUGGCCAGGCGAGGCAUCGUCGCCGACUACUAUUUCACCGCUUCGAGCGAUAGCGCCGCGAAAAAGAAAUAACAAUAAUAAGCAUAGAAAAAAAAUAAAAUUGUGAUAUGUGAAA